GUGGAGGAGGAGGAGGAGGAGGUUGAAUAUGAAGAUGAUGAAGAGGAAGAUGAACACAUAGAAACCGAUGAUGAUAGUGAAGAUUAUUAUAGUGAUAAUUAAGUGGUAAUUUUAUAAUAUGUUGAAGUAAUUAUUUUUAACAAUAAAUAAUUUUAUAUUGUCAUUUUUAACUGAUAAAUGUAAUUUUAAUAUCGAUUAAUUUGACAGAUAUGACUGAUGUUAUUGCUCAAUCUCACGGGGGUGAUGGUGGAGGAUGCGAUCCUCCACGUGGACCGGCAGAUAUCCCAGCUGAUUGUGAACGAGCGCCUCCAAGUAAACGUGGACGCCAUAAGGGAUUGAACACGCGGGAAAAGAGGGAACAGUUGGGGCGUCCUCUCCCUCUCGAGUGGGAUGUGCGGGGGAGAACAUAUAAAGAGAUCGGAGAGUACAGCUCAAAUUUCUCAAGAGAGCUCGGAUUACUUGUUCGACAGUACACAGAUCCGGACUGUCCUCAAUGGUCAAAAGUACCAAAUGCCUCGAAAGAAAGAAUACUUGCACAUUUGGAAGAUGAUUUGUUUGAUAUUGGGCGUACUAGAUAUGGAGAAGGGCAUAUGCCUGGGAUCUUGAGAGGCAUUGAUACUUCGUGUGCUAAAAAGUAUUCUGACUGGAAGUACGAUAUUAAAGAGCACUUAACGAUUAAUGGGCCACAAAAUCAUUAUGGUUGUUGCACGGAUACGCAGUGGCAAAAAGCAAUUGAUUUUUUCCGUCGCCCAGAAAUUACAGUAUUAAUUUCUUGCUAAACUUAACUAUCUUAAUUAAAUAUAUUACUAACGAUAACUUUUUGCAGAAACGUUCUGUGGUCAACAAGGAAAAUAGAAAGAAACUGAAAGAGCUUAGCUAUGGAGGUUCUCAGUCAAUCCCAGCCUUACGCUAUAAAAAGGAGGAAUUGCGUGCAUACCGCGACACACAGCAGACACAGGCAACUGAUACUGAGAGUUCCACACCAGUUUCGAGUGCGCCUGAAGAUGAAGACAUAUCUUUGGUACAAAAUGUCUUCGGAAAACGACGGGGCCACCAGAAAGGAUAUGGACGUAUCCUUAACAUAAGGGACCAAACUCCAUUUGAUUUUCGUCCUUCACAAACUAGAGAUGAAGAGUUGUUUGAGAUGAGAGAGCGUC